AUGGCCAAGACACAGACCCUGAACGUAGCGAAGAACUCGCAGACCGCCUCGGUGGCGAAAUUGGUCGCGGACUCGCCGACCUUGUCGCACUUGCAGCGCUAUGGCGCCGCAGACGCGCUCGGGCGGUGGCUGCCCUGGACACUGGUGUCCACGGUCGCGACGCUGGUGGUGGCGGUGCUCGCGACGGCGAAGCAGUACCUGGUGGACGCGCCCGGGACGCCGGCGGCGGUGAAGGGGGCGUGGGUGCGGCUGUUGGCGGGCGCGCAGGCGCUCGACGCGGCGGUCAGCACGCUGGUGCUGCGCGACGGCGUGGACGCGUUCCGCGAGCAGUACGUGCAGCACGGCACGGUCGGGCUGUGGGCGGCGUACUUCGCGCUGGAUUUCACGGCGAACGUGUCGAACUACGUGCUUCGCGGGCUGGUGCGGCCGCUGCGCGUGGCCUACGAGCCGCGGCGCGAGGAGGCGACGACGCCCGCGAGCUCCGCGGGCAGCGACAUGCCGCACCUGCGCGAACUGACCAACACGACCAACGCGCUGCGCCGCGACAUCUCGAGCAAGUACAUUGAGCCCACGCGCAGCAUGAUUGAGUCCUACCUGGAGCCGACCCGCACCAAGAUAGAGGCCGAGUACAUCCACCCCAUCAACGAGCGCGUGGAGUCCACCAAGACCCUCCUCAACAGCACGUACGACGCCGCCUACGAGACCGUGUCUCGCACCUACGAGGGCAACCUGAGCUCGCACGAGAGCGUGUCGCGCGCGCUCGUGUCCACCGGCGUGGACCUCGGCUCUAAGACCCUGGAGAAAAUUAGAGCCGUCACCCGCAGUGCGGACGGACAGCCCACCGAGACUGUCAACGGUGCCGGUACCAACGGGACCCACAAGACGAACGGUGUCGCCCACGGGGCGAACGGCAUCCACCGCGCCGGCAUCAAGGCCCACGCCAACGGCAACGGCAAGGCCGCUGCCGGCGACGAGAACGCCGCCUAA